AUGUGUAGAGGCGUGCAUGCUAGAGAGGAGGUAGAGAGUGCGGGAAUGGAUAUUACCAAAGGGAGAGAAAUCUUGCCAGCUAAUGUUAUUCCAAGACAUUACGAUCUUACAUUAGAGCCCGACUUCAAGAAGUAUACAUAUGAUGGUACUGUCAUAAUUGAUUUAGAUGUUGCUGAGGAUACCACUUCAAUUUCCUUAAAUACUCUAGAACUCGAGAUACACAGCACCAAGGUCACCUCUGGAUCUGAAACCAUAAGCUCUACUCCAGAUGUCUCCUAUGACGAGGCAAACCAAACCACCAAGGUUGCUUUCGAGAAAACAAUUCCCAAAGGGGCAAAAGCACAAAUCGAGAUGAAGUUCACUGGUCAGCUCAACGACAAGAUGGCUGGUUUCUACAGAUCAACUUACAAGAAUGCGGAUGGAUCCGAGGGUAUUUUGGCUACAACUCAAAUGGAACCGACUGAUGCCCGAAGAGCUUUCCCUUGUUUCGACGAACCUGCUUUGAAGGCAGAAUUCACGAUUACUUUGGUAGCAGACAAAAAACUCACCUGCUUGAGCAAUAUGGAUGUUGUUUCAGAGACCGAGGUCAACGGAAAUAAGAAGGCUGUCAAAUUUAACAAAUCGCCACAAAUGUCGACAUAUCUUUUAGCCUUUAUUGUUGGAGAACUCAACUACGUUGAAACGGACAAGUUCAGAAUUCCUGUCAGGGUUUAUGCUCCUCCAAAUCAGGACAUUGAGCAUGGAAGAUUUUCACUGGAUCUUGCAGCACGAACCCUAGAAUUUUAUGAGAAGACAUUUGAUAGCCCGUUCCCCUUGCCAAAGAUGGACAUGGUUGCCAUCCCAGAUUUUUCUGCUGGUGCCAUGGAGAAUUGGGGUUUGAUCACUUACCGUGUCGUUGAUCUUCUGUUCGACGAAAAGACUAGCGGCGCCUCCACAAAAGAACGUGUUGCGGAAGUUGUUCAACAUGAGUUGGCUCAUCAAUGGUUCGGAAAUUUAGUGACAAUGGAUUUCUGGGAUGGAUUGUGGCUUAAUGAGGGUUUUGCGACAUGGAUGUCUUGGUAUUCCUGCAACAUCUUCUAUCCAGAAUGGAAGGUCUGGCAAAAUUACGUGACAGAUAACCUUCAAAGUGCCCUUGGUCUUGAUUCCAUCCGAAGCAGUCAUCCAAUUGAAGUACCAGUUCAGAGAGCCGAUCAAGUCAACCAGAUAUUUGACGCUAUUUCAUAUUCCAAGGGCUCUUGUGUCCUUCGUAUGAUUGCAAGCUACUUGGGAGAGGAUGUGUUUAUGGAAGGUAUCCGUCAAUACCUGAAAAAGCAUGCUUAUGGCAACACCCAAACCGGUGACCUCUGGGAUGCAUUGAGUAAGGCUAGCGGUAAGGAUGUCUCAGCAGUCAUGGACAUCUGGACAAAGCGUGUCGGAUAUCCUGUUGUCAGUGUGACUGAGAAUGAAGAUGGGAAGAGCAUUCACGUCAAGCAAAAUCGUUUCCUGCGAACAGCUGAUGUCAAGCCUGAAGAAGAUGAAGUUUUGUACCCUGUUUUCUUAGGUCUCCGUACCAAGAGCGGUGUCGAUGAUGAGCUUGUAUUAACCAAGCGAGAAGACACAAUUAAGGUCCCUGCAGAUUUCUUCAAAUUGAAUGCAGACCAUACUAGCAUUUAUCGAACAUCCUACACCCCGGAACGUCUUGAAAAGCUUGGAAAGGCGGCCAAGGAAGGGUUGCUAACCGUAGAAGACCGUGCAGGAAUGAUCGCAGAUGCAGGUGCUCUCGCUUCCGCUGGGUAUCAGAAGACCUCUGGUGUUCUAAACUUAUUUAAGGGCUUCACUAGUGAAAACGAGUUUGUUGUUUGGACUGAAAUCCUCGCCCGCUUGGGUAGUAUCCAGAGUGCUUGGGUUUUCGAGGACAAGAAAAUUAGAGAUGGACUUGAGUCAUUCCAGAAAGAACUCACCAGCGAAAAUGCUCACAAAUUUGGAUGGGAAUUUAAGGACAGUGAUGAGCAUGUGCAUCAACAAUUUAAAGCUAUGCUUUUCGGCAGUGCUGGAACAUCCGGCGACAAAGUUAUCAUUAAAGCCGCACAAGACAUGUUUGCCAAAUUCGCCGAAGGCGACAAAUCUGCUAUUCAUCCAAACAUUCGUGGCAGCGUUUAUGCCAUUGCCCUGAAAUAUGGUGGCAAGGAAGAAUACGACAUCAUCCUAGAUGCCUACCGCAAUUCCACCAACAGUGAUGAACGUAACACUGCUCUCCGUUCCCUAGGACGAGCUAAGGAUCCGGAGUUGAUCGAGCGAACUCUCGCUUUACCAUUCAGCGGUGAAGUCAAGGAGCAAGAUAUUUAUCUCCCAAUCAGCGGACUUAGAGCCCACCCUGAAGGUACCGAAGCAUUGUAUGUUUGGAUGACUGAAAACUGGGAUGAACUCCAACGACGAUUGCCGGCCGGUUUAUCUAUGUUGGGAACGAUGGUAACCAUUUGCACGUCUGGCUUUACCGGUGAACAAAACUUGAAGAGAAUCGAGGAGUUCUUUUCAAAGAGAGAUACCAAGGGUUUUGACCAAGGUCUGGCACAAAGCCUUGAUAGUAUUAGAGCAAAGAGUGCUUGGGUUGAGAGAGAUAGAGAGGAUGUUAAGGUCUGGGUCGAGGCAAAUACUCAAGUCAAGAGUGAGCUCUGA